UAUAACGAACUGACCGAUAUAACGACCUUACUUGUUAGCCCCGGCCAUGUGUUGCAUAUACGCUGUAUAUAUGUUUAUAACGAACUACGGUUAUUACGAACUAAAAUGGGUGGUCCCUUUGAGUUCGUUAUAACCGUAGUUUACUGUAGAUGAACGCAUAGACAUUCAUGUAUAUCACGUUAAUCAAAUACACCGUUAGCUACAUGUAAAUGCUUUCUUAAAUCAGAACAUUAAUCCAGAGUGCAUAUAUAAUAAUGUGACCUCCCUGUUUCCCGCGGGGUCAAAAUACAGCACCAUGUCCCACGCUAUGCUUCACUGGCCACGGAGACCGGAUGCUGACGGGGGCUGCUGAGGGAGGGUCUUACACAUGGAUAUUUGAAAGUGUGCUGUGCAUGUUGGUGAUGCGAGGAUAUGGGCUCGUUUGAACAAUUCUGCGGUGGUCCGUUCUGGAAUCAGUCACUGCUUCAAAACAACACCUGGCCGGAACUGACGUCAUGUUUCCGGUCUACACUUGUAGUAUGGGCGCCAUGUGCCUACCUGUGGAUGGCUACCGUCGUCUAUGUGCCCUACACCUUCUCCAAGCCACGGAAGAGGAAACUCCCUUUCUCUGCCUUGAACUUCAUGAAAACACUAUGCGCUGUGUUCUUAAUCAUGCUUGGUGUAUUGAAUAUGGCUCACCUGGCGGGAUUGGAGACUUAUGGAGACACAACUCCAUGGGCUAUGUUUACAGGGCACCUUGUGGAGGCACUCACGUUUGCGCUGGCGAUUAGUUUGACUCAGUUAGACCGAGUUAGAGGUGUGUUCACAUCGGGCAUCUUGUUCGUAUUCUGGACAUUCGUGAUGAUCUCAUCUGUAGUCCCCUUCUACACGUACAUGAUGCUGAAGACAUAUGAAGACGACUUGUUGAAGUUCAUUUUGUUCGGUUUGAAAUUUUUGCUGAUCUGCAUAGAGUUCCUACUCCAUUGGGUUUCUGAUCUGCCUGGAAUAAGAAGAGGCUACGAACCCUUGGGGGAGAAUCCCUGCCCAGAGGUCACAGCCUCGUUUCCGUCGAGACGUAUCUUCUGGUGGAUGACGAGGCUGGUGAUCCGCGGCUACAGAAAGGGAAUACAGGACAUCGAUCUGUGGGAUCUGAACCCACGAGACACGUGCCGAACUCUGGUACCUCCGUUUGAAUCACAAUGGCGGGAGGAAGUGAAGCACGUCAGCACACCCACAUUACAGGUGAAACCUAAACGUAAGGUUAUCUACACGAACACAUCAAACCAUUCCUACCAAACUGGCUACACCGAAAAGUCACCUUUAAUGGAGAAGCACCGUAUCAACAUCGGUACCAGCGCUUCGUCAAGCUAUACGGACUCUUUCGAGAAAAUGCACGACGACGCCUCUUCACGUGAAAACCCAUCACUUUUCCGAGUCAUGUGGAGGCUAUAUGGUGGACGAAUAGUUCUUAUGUCGGUUUUAACCUUAAUAAGUGAUACACUCAAACUGGCAGGUCCAUUAAUAUUGAGCUCCUUGAUCAGCUUUGUCUCCGACAAGUACCCCAGAGAAAUGUGGUGGGGAUAUGUCCUCGCCUCCUCGCUACUCGCCAUACAGCUUCUCACCAGUGUCAUCGGACAGACCGGUUUAGCCAUAGCAACUGUUCUGGGUAUGAACAUUAAGACCACGUGCAUAUCUGCCGUCUAUAAGAAGGCGUUAACACUGAACAACGAGGCAAAGAAAACCACAACGACUGGCGAGAUUGUCAACCUGAUGUCAGUGGACAUUCAACGAGUGUGUGACGUGAUGGCCAACCUCGCUCUUCUGUCCUCCGUCCCUGUCCAGAUCAUCGUGUCCAUCGCGAUGAUCUACCAGACCAUUGGGGCAUCCGUCUUCUCCGGUCUCGCCAUUUUGCUUGUCCUGCUGCCUCUUAACGCUGGCCUCAGUGGACGCCAGAAGAAGCUGCAGAUGCUGAACCUCCAACUGAAGGGCGAGCGCAUCAAACUGCUGAAUGAAGUAUUGAAUGGGAUUAAGGUGCUGAAGCUGUACGCGUGGGAGACAUCUUUCAAGCAGAAGGUGGAGUCGGUGCGGAGGAAAGAGGUGGACGUGUUGCUGAAGAUCUCCUACCUCUCUGCCGCUCUGGGCAUCAGCUGGACCAUGGCACCAUUCCUGGUGGUCCUGGCAACGUUCGCAACGUACGUCCUCUCCGACCCCAACAACCAGUUGGAUGCCAACAAAGCCUUCGUCACCCUCUCCCUCUUCAACAUCCUCCGGGUCCCCAUGAAUCUUCUUCCAGGAAUCAUCUCGAGUGCAGUACAGGCUUUCGUAUCGACGCAGCGAAUCAAUACCUUUCUUUGUAUUGAAGACCUUAGUCCUGAAAACGUGCAGAUCGACCAUCAAUCGGAUUACGCAGUACAAAUAAUUAACGGAUCUUUCACCUGGGACAGGACCAUGGACCCGACCCUUACAAACAUUGACAUGAAUAUCCGCGAGGGGGCUCUGGUUGCCGUCGUGGGCCAGGUGGCUUCUGGGAAGACAUCCGUCAUAUCAGCGAUCCUGGGCGAGAUGGAGAAGAUAUCUGGGUCCGUCACAGUGCUGUCCUCUAUAGGAUACGUGCCGCAACAAGCAUGGAUACAAAACUGUAGUCUCAGGGACAAUAUCCUGUUUGGGAAAAGAUGGCGUGAGAAGAAAUAUAAGGCCGUGAUUGAGGCAUGCGCUCUAAAAGCCGACCUGACCCUCCUACCUGCUGGCGAUAUCACUGAGAUUGGCGAGAAGGGUAUCAAUUUGAGCGGAGGUCAGAAGCAGCGCGUGAGUCUUGCACGUGCGGUCUACAGUAACGCGGACAUCUAUCUGUUGGAUGAUCCCCUCAGCGCCGUUGACAGUCACGUGGGCAAACACAUCUUCAAGAACGUCAUCGGCCCCAACGGCUUACUCCAUGGAAAGACCCGGAUCCUGGUGACUCACGGUGUCCAUUGGCUUCCCAUGGUGGACCAUAUCAUUGUAAUGAACGACGGCGGCAUCACAGAGGCCGGAAGUUAUGAUCAGCUGAUGACCCGUAACGGCCAUUUUGCUCAAUUCCUGCAGGAAUACCUGAUUGAGAAAACUGAUGAGGAAGACGAUGAGGAUGAGGAAAUCCAGCAGAUCAAGGAAAGGAUGCGGGGCAAGCUAGAACUUCUCAUGUCCGAUUACAGUUCCUCUGACGACGGCUUCAUCAGGAAAAGAAGGAAAAUGACGGACUCGAAGUCGAUGUCGUUAUCUCGGAGUGAGAGGAGUCGUAAGCGUGUCGGGGGCGUGAGGAACGGGAUGCUGACGGAGGAGGAGACUGUCAACCACGGAAAGGUGAAGUGGGGCGUGUUCCUCAUGUACGGAAGGGCGGCGGGACUACCCUCGUUCAUUGUGGCGGUGCUGCUCUUCCUUACAUAUCAGGUGAUCAACUCAUGGGCUGGCUUCUACCUCACGGACUGGACGGAGGACCCGAGGCUGACCAACGACACCGCCGUGACCACUGAAACAUUUGUGGAUGUGAACUACAGAUAUCUUGGAGUGUACGCCUCCUUUGCCUUGUGGAUGAUUGUCGUCGUCACUGGAUAUGGCUAUCUUCUUCGUGUGAGGAUGGUGAGAGCCGCUGCGCGUCUCCAUGACGCCAUCCUCAGCCGCGUCUUCAGAUCACCCAUGUCGUUCUUCGACACCACGCCUUACGGACGCAUCAUCAACCGCCUGUCACGUGACGUCGAAACCAUUGACAACACCCUGCCUUUGAUAAUCAGGAUGCUGUUAUCCACCUUCUCCAACGUCGUCGCCACUCUCGUCAUCAUCACCAUCAGCACUCCUCUCUUCAUCUCAGUCUUGAUUCCGCUUGUUAUUCUAUAUCUGUGUAUACAGAACUUCUACAUCCCGACGUCCCGGCAGCUGAAGCGUAUCGAGUCCGUGACCCGCUCCCCCGUCUACAUCCACUUCAGCGAGACCAUCACCGGCGCCAGCAGCAUCCGCGCCUACGGAGCCGUGGACAGAUUUAUAGACGAGUCCAAGAAGAGAGUGGACAGGAAUCAGGUCUUCUACUUUGCCGGGUUGAUGGCGAACAGGUGGUUGGCCUAUUAUUUAGAUUUGAUCACCAGUGUCAUAAUUUUCGCUUCCGCCAUAUUCGCUAUCGUCACCCCGGGGACAAACGGUGGUAUUAUAGGAUUGUCUGUGUCAUACGCCCUUCAAGUGGCAACCUCGGUGUCGUGGAUGGUGCGGCAGCUCAGCGACCUUGAGACAAACAUCGUGUCGGUGGAGAGGGUCAAGGAGUACGCCGAGCUCGAGACAGAGGCGCCGCCGGUAAUAGAUAACAACCGGCCACCAGCCGAAUGGCCUGAGUACGGGAGAGUCGACUUCAUUAACUACAUGACCCGGUAUAGGCCAGGCCUGGACCUGGUCCUGAAGGGGCUUCACUGUACAAUACAAGGAGGCGAGAAGGUUGGUAUUGUGGGUAGAACUGGCGCCGGAAAGUCGACCUUCACCUUGGCUUUGUUUAGGAUCCUCGAGGCCGCCGCAGGCUCCAUUGUGAUUGAUGGGAUCAACAUUGCUGACAUCGGGUUGCAUGACGUCAGAUCACGACUGACGAUUCUACCCCAGGAUCCUGUGCUGUUUUCUGGCACCAUGAGGAUGAAUCUGGACCCAUUCAACGAGUUCAGUGACGACGACAUAUGGCGGGCUCUAGACAGGGCUCACCUCAAGAAGUUCGUGGUGGACGUCCCCGGACAGAUGCUGUACGAGUGUGGAGAAGGAGGAGAGAAUCUCAGCGUUGGACAAAGACAGCUGGUGUGUCUUGCACGUGCACUAUUGCGUCACACAAAGGUCCUCGUGCUUGAUGAGGCAACGGCAGCUGUUGACAUGGAAACAGACUCCUUGAUUCAGAAAACAAUCAGGGAAGCGUUCGACGAUUGUACCAUCAUCACAAUUGCUCACAGGCUAAACACGGUCAUGGAUUAUGACAAGAUCCUGGUGAUGGCUUUGGGGCAGAUACAGGAGACUGGCUCACCCGAGGAGCUUCUGAAGGAUGAGAAGUCUGCAUUCCAUGGAAUGGCUAAAGAUGCCGGUUUAAUCUGAUGGCGGGUGCUCAUUAAACUGUAUAAAGAGGCCCCUCGCAAGUGUAUGCCUGUAAACUUUUAAAACUGCCGGACAAAAGAAAGAAUUCUGGGAUCCCACGCUUGAUGGGAAGAGACGCUUGAAGAGACAACCAAGAAGUGGUUACUCGAUGGUGAUGUAUUUGAUGCGGGUAUCAUGGGUGAUAGUAGAUCUAUCACAUCAAUGGAUAUCACCAGGUGAUGUGCAUAUGCCGUCUCAGGGACCACUGGUCGGGAGCGCAGUUUCACAGUUUCACAGUUUCCAGUUAUUGUCACGAGCAGAGUGAAAUGUGCAUGUGUUUUCUUUCUUUUUCACGGCAGUUUAUAUACAUGAAAAUUUGCGCUCAAAUAUUAUAGUAUACCCAUGUAAUGGAUCGUGCUGGUUUAUAUAAGUAUGUCCGCGCAGGCGCCAUCAAUAAGUGUGCUUGUGUCCUUUUGGAGUCUGACGGUUAGAAGAACAUUACUGGAUCUUUCAGCUGGUGGAUGCAGCUGAUGUAACCGUGCUUGUUGAGUGAUACAGAGUGUUAUCAUGGCACUGUGACAUAUCUUGCACAUCACAUACAGUCACGCUUUAUUACAGCAAUAUCCGACAACAAAGCUCACGCACCGUUGUCAUUACAUCCUUAUCACUUCGUAAGAGGCGAAUAACGGGAUCAGGUCGUCAGGCUCGUUGACUUGGUUGGGUGCAUGUCGUAUCACAAAUGCGUGGAUCGAUGCUCAUGAUGUCAAUCCGGGGAGUGUCUGGUCCAGACUCGAUUUUUUAUAGACCGCCGUCGUGUAAGCUAAACUAUUGCUGAGUGCGGCGUUAAACAACAAACAGGAAACAAAUGAUGUGGGAAAAAAGUCCUAAGUGAUGCGGGUCUUAGACGUGAGUGAGUGAGUUAGUUUGGUUUUACGCCGCUUUUAGCAAUAUUCCAGCUGCUAACAUCGGGAGUCGAACCCGGGUCUUCGGCGUGACGAGCGAACGCUUUAACCACUGGGCUAUCCGACCGCCCCCUUAGACGUUGACCUCCCAUGAGUACGGGUAUGUUUAUGACACAAUCAGGAUGAUCCAUGACUUGCGGAUCCUGGUCACCUCUACGACUGGUCUAAGUCUCCUAUAAUAGAAGAAACAUAACGUCAGUCCAUUCGCCUUCUUGCAGUAUGAUCUUAUCAAUAUCCCGUGUGGAUUCCGGUUAGAAUAGAUCCCAGCACCCUAUGCUAGUUAUUAGAGGCGACCAAAUGAAUCCAGUAGUCAGGUUCGGUGACUUAAUUGAUAGGGUGUCAUCGCAACGCGAUGGCUGUUAUCUGUUCACAGUGUCAAUGACUUGACUGUAUCAUCCAGACUCUUUUUUUUUUACAUUCACCUUUAUCCAACUAGAAAAAUGGUUUUAACCAAUAUGUGAGUGAGCGAGUUGGGUUUAACGCCGCUUUUAACAGUAUUCCAGUUAUAUCGCGGCGUGUCAGCUUAAUGUGGGAGGAAAGCCCGAAGUGAUGCAGGUCUCAGAC